AUGGGUGAACUGCCACAGUGUGCGCUGGGCCACAUAUGUCCAAGAUGUCUUCACUGCUGGCAAGCUUUUGGCCUUGGGACUCAUCAUAAUCUUGGGUCUUGUCCAGAUAUGCAAAGGAAUCUACCACGUGCAAUCUUCAUCUCCAUCCCCGUGGUCACCUUCGUUUACGUGUUUGCCAACGUGGCCUACGUCACAGCCAUGAGCCCCCAGGAGCUGCUGGCUUCCAAUGCUGUGGCAGUGACAUUUGGAGAGAAAUUGCUAGGAGUAAUGUCAUGGAUCAUGCCCAUCUCUGUGGCGCUCUCCACCUUCGGGGGGGUCAAUGGCUCCCUCUUCACGUCGUCGCGGCUGUUUUUCGCUGGGGCAAGGGAAGGCCAUCUCCCGCGUCUGCUGGCCAUGAUCCACGUCUCGCGCUGCACUCCGAUCCCAGCCUUGCUGUUUACUUUGAUCUCCACUCUGCUGAUGUUGUGCACCAGUGACAUUUAUACCCUCAUAAACUAUGUGGGUUUCAUCAACUACCUCUUCUAUGGCGUCACUGUUGCCGGGCAGAUUGUGCUGCGCAUCAAAGAGCCUGACAUGCAUCGGCCCAUCAAGGUGAGCCUGUUCUGGCCAGUGAUCUACCUGCUGUUCUGGGCCUUCCUGCUCGUCUUCUCCCUCUACUCUGAGCCUAUUGUCUGUGGCAUUGGUCUGGCCAUCAUGAUGACCGGUGUCCCCGUAUAUUUCCUGGGAGUCUACUGGGAAAACAAGCCACAGUGCUUUGAUAAUACUAUGGGUAAAAUAACUCACCUGUGCCAAAAGUUCUGCAUGGUGGUCUAUCCAGCUGUGGAGGAAAGCCCAGAACCCAGUGGACCUCAACAUAAAGAUAAAGAAGAUGGAAAAAGCUCACAAACAGCUGAUUGAACAUGUGCAUGCACAAAAAUGUGGACGAUGCCUCAUUAGGGGUGGAAAAAAAUAAAUUCUAAGUCUACCAGAAAGAUGAAGAUACACUGAAAUUGUUCAAUUAACACUG